AUGGCAGCAGCAAUUGCUAAAGAUUAUUAUUUUGUAAUUGUUGGACGUCAAGAUCAACCACUUUUGGAAAUGGAUUUUCCUCCAAAGAAGCGUGAAACUCAGGCAGAAACUCAUCAUUUACUUCAAUUUAUUGCACACGCAGCUUUGGAUAUUGUGGAUGAAAUGACACUUAGGGAGCCACAAAUGUACUUGAAGAUUGUUGACAAAUUUAAUGAAUGGUUUGUUUCUGCAUUUGUUACAUCUAGCCGUAUUCGCUUUUUAAUGUUACAUACACAAAAGAAUGAAGAUGGGAUUAAACAAUUCUUUCAAGAAAUUUAUGAAAUGUAUAUAAAAUAUUCUAUGAAUCCCUUUUACCAACAUGAUUCUCCUAUUCGUUCUGUAAAUUUUGAACAAAAGGCUGGCAUUUAUGGACGGAAAUUUCUUGGACCGUUGGCAGUUCUGAUUCGUGAAGGGUGCACUAUUCAUCUUUUGUUGAAUUUUAUUCUGACUUGUGCCUUAUGGCUGCCAGGACUGAUUCAUGCUAUUUAUGUUUGCUAUUAUAUGUAUCCUACUAAUGUGGCUGUAGUGGCAGUGCCGCAGCAAACUGUGACGACUGUGCAUUAUGGUGCAAAUUAA